GCAGCAGGAUGCCGGAGCCUUCCCGCUCCACUCCAGCCCCCAAGAAGGGUUCCAAAAAAGCCAUUACCAAGGCGCAGAAAAAGGAUGGCAAAAAACGCAAACGGGGCCGCAAGGAGAGCUACUCCAUCUAUGUGUACAAGGUGCUGAAGCAGGUGCAUCCUGACACUGGCAUCUCGUCCAAGGCCAUGGGCAUCAUGAACUCGUUCGUCAACGACAUUUUCGAGCGCAUCGCCAGCGAGGCCUCCCGCCUGGCGCAUUACAACAAGCGCUCGACCAUCACGUCCCGCGAGGUGCAGACGGCCGUGCGUCUGCUGCUGCCUGGGGAACUGGCCAAGCAUGCUGUGUCCGAGGGCACCAAGGCUGUCACCAAGUACACCAGCUCCAAGUGAGGCGCUGCGCGGGCGUCCCCAACCCAAAGGCUCUUUUCAGAGCCACCUUCCAAUCUCAAAAAAGGAGCGUGCUACCUGGCAUGAUAAAGAACUGUCAUUUAUUUGAUGUGCAUUGGGAUGGGGGUUGUACUGGAC